AAAUUAUUAAAGCAUACUGAUAACCACUCAAUAUGUCUCCUCGUCAAAAGUCAAUCGAGGUUCGAUUUUAUAAAAACCCUGGCUAAAACCCUUAUCUCACUGCUUUUCUCAACACAAAAAUGGCUCUAAGCCAUACGAUUCGCAGAGCAGCUUCGAAAGUUGUACCUUUGGCGAUCUGGGCUACCGCCGGGAGUCAAGGGUACAUACACCACCAAGCAGCGCCGGCACUUUCGUCCGCCGUCAGCCGCCCCUCGCGUAAUCUCUUGCAAAGGUCAUUUCUCCACCUUAAUAGCAAGCCCGACUGUGACUUGUCACUCCUACGAGUUAUUGAGGCCGAGAUUAAGUUUUCCAUCGAGUCUGAGGAAGCGUUCCAGCCGGAGGAGACCCCAAAGGACUUUCCCUUCGAAAUUGAAGACCAACGUGGACAGGGGACUAUAAUAUUGAGAAGAGAAUUUGUAGGAGACAAAAUAACUGUUGAAGUUCACCCGCCUGAACUCAAGAAUGCUGAGGACGAUGAAAGCUACAAUGAAGUUCCGAGAAUCCCAUUGGUUGUUAAGAUCUCACAUAAGAAUGGACCCGCGUUAGAGUUUGGUUGUAUUGCUUACACUGACGAGAUUUUGAUCGAACGCUUGGCCUUUAAGCUUCCUGAGAUCUCUGAGAAUCAGGUUGCUUACGAAGGACCUACUUUUGACAAAACACUGGACCGCGUAGAGCUUCCCUCAAGGUGUUGCGACUCCCGCCCCAGCGUAGAUUCUCGCCGCUCUUGUCGGUUAGUCGUGGUUGGCCGGAGCGUUUGGUGGAUGGACGGCGGCCGUUUGGUGACAGACAGAGGCGCCUGUUGUCCGGUGGAUUUUGCGAGCUUUGUUGGCUGAUGGGGUGAGGGUUGUCGUCCUCCGGUCACCGGUCUUGGGGUGGUCCGCCUGUGAGAAGAUUUUUAUCGUCUGGGGCAGUGUGAGCUAGCUGUGGCUACACUGGAGUUUCUGGUUCGGUUCUAGGGCUGGAAUCCUAUUCAGGUGGGCGGCUGUCUCCGGAAGUCGGGUCGUGGUUUGAUGCGGUUUGUUUGCUGGUUGAGAGGAGGGUGGUAGUCUUUUAUCUAGUGUUUUGUGUUGUGUUUGUGUUUUUUGUUAUGUGGUUAGUGUUUUUUAUUCUGCUUUGUAGAUGUUCUAGUAUCCUCUUGUAGGAGUUGUUAUUCUCCUCUGGUGGGAGCUUUUUAUUC